CGGUCACACUUCAACCGAGCGCGCAAGUAAAAUUUUGUUUUGUUUGCAACGCUUUUCGAGGACUCACCGACGAUCAUGAAGCGAAUCAAGGACGAGGAUAAGGAAGAGUCGACCGCCCAACCGACUACUCACAAUUCCAGCUCUGGCAGCAACGGUCAUGAUGCCACAUCUCCGGUGUCCACCAUUGUGCCGGCGACCACUUUAUCCGCAACAGUUUCGGAUGCUCCAGGAUCCGGAGCAUUCGUUCGCACGACAGGACGCGUUAAGAAACCGAAGCAGGUGUACGAUCCGUCGGACAACUAUGUGUCCAGGGCUAGCAGUAAUCGUAAUUCACUCGGAGGAACUCCCGGUUCUUCAGCAACUUCCAUCUCAAAUGUCCAGUCACCACCUGCCAAUGCUGGUUCCAAAGAUGCCAGUGAUUCACAGGACUCCACAACCAGCCCGGCCGUUACUGAACAGCAGCAACAACAGGCAGCACAUAAUCGAAACUUCGACACGUGCCAGAAGUGUGCCAAAAGCGAGCCCAAGCGCGGUUCCGGCCACAAGAGCAACUUUCUCACCUGCAAGGGCUGCAUGCAGAAAUGGCACUUUCCGUGUUUGCCGAUCAACUUCCAGAACCAGAGCACAGCUCGCAAAAAGUACAAGUGCGAAAAGUGUCGCUACUGCCAGGUCUGCAAUGUAAGGGGCCAGGAUAUGUCCAUUUGCAGCGCUUGCGUGGAGGCCUACCAUGCGGACUGCAAUGAUCCCACCAUUAAGCAAAGUAAAUCCGUCGAUACUAAUCCCAAGUGGAAGUGCUUUCGAUGCGCAGCCAGCAAUAGCGGUAAUAACACCAGUCCUUCAAGCGAAGAUCAGAUGGCGGUCAAGAAGUCUAGCACGAAUCGCGAGGAGCAGCCGGCUAGGAAAUCCAAUGCUGGUCGCAAGAAGCGCGUCCAGUCCGAACUAACUGGCGAGGAAAAGCCAGCCAAGAUUGAGAAGCUGGGCAAACGCAGUCCGCCCCUAAAUACAGACGAGAAAAAGGAAAAGAAAGAUCAGAAAAAGGAGGAGAAAAAGGAAGAAAAAAAGCAGCACAAGAAGGAAGAGCAGCGGGAAAAACCAGUUGAAAUCAAGGUGGAUAAGGUCGAGGAGGAGUCUAUCGAGAUGGAGUCUAUCCAACGGGAAGCUCAGGAUCAGCCGGAGCCAAAAGUGGAAUCGCUUCCCUCACGACUAUCGCCACCACAACCCGUAGCUGCAGAUAGUCCCGCAGACAUAAAAGUUCAGCCCGUAUCCACCUGGUCCGUGGAACAGGUCGUUGCUUUUGUUGCCAAACACUAUCCAAAUGAGGCGAACGUAUUCCGUUACCAGGACAUCGAUGGUGCGUCCCUGCUGUUGCUCACCCGCCAGGAUGUUAUGAACGGAUUCGGUUUAAAGCUGGGACCGGCGCUGCGCGUCUUCGAACUUGUGAUGUCUCUGCAAAGUCGCUCCGAUGACGUUAGACUCGCAUGGUUCGAGUAGCAUCCCAACCUCUUAGCACAUAAGGUCAACAGUAACUUUAUUCAAUACUCUUCACCUGGAGCCACUGCUCAUCCGUUGGCAACCAAUACAGCUUAUAUUAAGUCUUUUGCCGGAUAGGUUUAUUAGUUCUCCAGUUUUUAAGAUGUUCUUCUUAAGUUUUACCCUUGCAAAUGCACAUACUUUGUAAACGAUAUCUGCUUUAUUUGCAACAAAAAAAUUACUUAAUCGAC